AUGCUCGACUUCGAGUACGGCGCAAAUGAGGAUGUGUUUUCGGAAGCAUUCGAUGCUUUCGUCACCAAUGGAAUCGGCAACUUCGAUUGGAACAUGGUGGAUCCAAACUUGAAUGGGAUCAACGAGGUACGCCGCUGCGCUUGAUAUGUCAGCAGGUUGAGACUUACUGACGACAAAUGACAGGAGCGAGCCACAUUAGAAGAUCAAGCUCUUGAUCCGAGCGACUCAUCCUUAUCCGCGUCCCACCAACCUUGGUCGGGCUUGCGAGACUCUCUCAAUCUGGCAGUCUCGGCGAAUUCUCCGUGCUACUCGGCUGCCCCAAUUGCACAGAUGAGCACCAAAACUUCCACAAGAGACCCGGCGCCCGAGGCUUCCGCACCACUACCGCGAUUACAGACGCAGCGUGAGCUGCAAGGUGGCAGCCCUGGGUGCCGCUGUCUACUUCGGUACGCAGGGUUGAUUACCCGCCUGAAGGAGAACACGGAUGAAAGUAAAGUCCAAAAGGUGGACAAGGUCCUCUUGACAUUGCGCCAUGCACAAGAAUCGUGGAACAGCGAAUGCGGCGAAGGCUGUUCGCGAGAUUCGGAUGUUGAUGUUCUCACGGCGCUUGUACUUAGCGUCCGGUAUGCCCUCCGAACACUUGGUAAGCUGAGAAGCGGAAAACCUGAUCUGGAGACAUCCGCCAGCCGGUCACCCAUGAGCUUCAUCCAAGGGGAUGCCGGAGCUGAAAGGUCUCUGCUUGGAGUGUACGAGAUUUCCCAGGAUGAGUACGACAAGGUUGGGAAUGUUCUUGUCAGAGGUUCCCUCAAUCGCAUCAUGGAUUUGCUGGAGGCUGUUGCGGUACGGGCUUCAAGGCUGAGAGAAACACCCGAUGGACAAACAACGCCAAAAUCAAGGUCUCCAUCUAGGGGGGCAGAAAGCCAGGCCGCUUCGCUGGAGCAUCUGCAUCUCGGCCAACUGCUAGAGGACACACGGCGCUCGCUUACCAGUCUAAACCGAGAGUUCGAGUAG